AAAUAUAUAUAGCACAAAGGGAGAAGGGUGAGAAAAUUCAGUCCAGAUUACAAUCUUUUCUUUUCAUUUCUCUCUUUUGCUAGUUGAACUCCCCUUUUAUUUUCUUUCUUUGAGUGCUCAAAGUAGAAAGAACCAAGAAACUGUUAGUUCUUUUUCUUUCUUCAAGGCUGAAAAAGGGGAGUCAUCUUCAGCACAAGGGAAAAAACUAUCUUCAAUGGCUGAAACAUGGGAGUCAUCAGCAGCAAAAGGGAAAGAACCAUAUUCUAUGGCUGAAACAGGGGAGUCAUCAUCAGCAAAAGGGAAAGAACCAUCUUCUAUGGCUGAAACAGGGGAGUCAUCAUCAACAAAAGGGAAGGAAUCAUCUUCAAUGGCUGAAACAGGGGAGCCAUCAGCAGCUGCAAGGGAAGUAAGGGAGUUAAAGAAAGAACUUCAGAUGGUAGUAACAAUGAUUCUUGAAGAUGAAGAUGACAAUGGAAUUGAUAUACUAAGCGAAUCUAUAAGAAUCUUGUCUCGUUUAAGAGAGAUGAAGUUGAAUCGAUCUGCUAUUAUUGGAAUGGAUACUAAAAUUCAGUCAGUCUUGAAUGAGCUAAUCAACAAUACUGUUUCAUCUCCACCACUCAUUAUGGGUGAUCCCUUUGUCUCGGUUUCAACCGAGGCCCUAGACUGGUUGAAGUCGAAUGAAGCUGAACUAAAAAGCCAAGAGAUGAUGGAGAAGAGUCGAGAUUUAGUAAACAUGUUGCUUCACAAGUUGUAUUGUUCAUUUUCUGAUGCGAAGGAAGCUGCUCAAGAGCUUAAAAUGGUGACAAAGUCACAACCAGCAUGCAGGGCAGUUUUUGCUGAGAUCCCGGACAGUAUCAAGAGAUUGCUCGGUCCAAUAUCGGUCACCGUGUACCGUUCCAAAUUCCAGCUCCAAGAAGAUUUGAUCAAAACAGUUUUAAACAUUUCAACCGAUGACAUCAAUAAACAACAUAUGGGGGAACAUCCUAUUGUCAUCCAUGUGCUUACUCGAGCUCUUUACUAUGGUACCACUGAAACAAAGAGAAGUGCUGCAAUGGCUCUCGUAUCGCUAUUGUCACUCGAAUCGAACAAGUUCAUCAUCGGAAAAUCCAUGGCUCCCACGGCUUUGCUCCAACUCGUACGAGUAGGGGAUCCGUUGGCAAAGAUUGAUGCUGCUUCAGCUAUACUCAGCCUUUGUACUGUAUAUCAGAACAUAGCAGAGUUUAAUAAAUUAGGGGCAGUGCAGAUUGUGUUGCGGAAGAUCGGUAGAGGUGUACUUGUUGAUAGGCUACUGAGGAUUCUUGCAGUUUUAUCUUCACGUCAAGACACCGUUUUUAGAGAUGAGGAAGUUGAUGCUUUCCGACGGUUGAUUGAGCAUAAAAGACAUACCAGUUCCAGACAUGCUGAAGACAUCUGCAGUGCCGCCAUGUGGUUCUUCACGCGCAGAUGAAAUUAAAGGGACUACUCUGAAAACAUUUGUAGAACAAAGGGGCUAAAAACAAAUAAAAAACUUAUUCUAGCUUUAUAUGUGCUGCUUGAUGAAAUAAAAUCCCAAGGGGAA